AUGCCGCAGAGAAAUGUGGUGACUUAUAACUGUAUGAUUUCUGGGUUUGGUAGGAAUCACAUGAUUCAUGAAGCUCGCUACAUUUUUGAUGUUAUGCCUUUCAAGAAUUUUGUUUCAUGGACUGCAAUGUUAAGUGGGUAUAUUGGUUGUGAUAAGUUGGAGGAAGCAAGGAAUUUGUUUGAUCAAAUACCGGAUAGAACCAAAACCCAUGUUUGUUGGGACAUAAUGUUAAACGGGCACAUAAAAACUGGAAGAAUUGAUGAAGCUAGAGAAUUUUUUGAUCAAUGUCGUAAUCGUAAUGUAGGUCUUUAUAAUAGAAUGUUGAGUGGUUAUGUUCAAAUGGGAUGUGUUAAAGAAGCAUAUGAGUUAUUCUUAAGCAUGCCUGACCGCGAUCUGGCUUCAUGGACUAAUAUGCUAACUUGUUAUGCAAAAGCCGGGUUGAUGAAUGAGGCGAAGGCAAUGUUUGAUGAAAUUCCUUUCCAAAAGGAUGCACAAGCUUGGACUGUUAUGAUCCAAGGUUAUAUGCAAAACGGCAUGGUAAAUGAGGGUUUGAAGUUAUUCAAUGCCAUGCCAAAUCCUGACAUUGUUACAUGGAACUGUAUGAUUGGAGGAUUUGUUGAGAAUGGUAGAUUAAAAGAAGCUCUAGAUUUGUAUGGAAGGAUGCCAAAGAAGAAUAUCAUUUCAUCAAAUUCAAUACUUCACGGGUUUGUCCUAGAAGGAGACAUGAUAAAUGCUCAAAAGUUCUUCCAAAACACAAUGACUCGUAAAGAUACAGUUUCCUGGAAUACAUUGAUAUCUGGGUUUCAAACAGAGGAAGCUUUGUUUAUGUUUUCAGAGAUGAAAAGACAUGAAUUCAGACCUGAUCAAACAACUUACGUAACAAUUUUAUCUAUUUGUGGUUCACUUGCUCUACAUGGUUGGGGUAAAGCACUCCAUUUACAAACAAUCAAGACAAGUUAUGUGCAAAAUGUAUUGGUUUCAAGUUCGGUUUUAUCAAUGUAUUCAAAAUGUGGGUUGAUAGAUGAUGCUGCUACCUUGUUCGGAACCAUGGAAUACCGAGAUACAGUGACUUGGAACACCAUGAUAGUGGCACAAGCAUACCAUGGAAUUCCAGGUAAGGCACUUGAGCUUCACUCUUGUAUGAUUCAAUCAGGAUGUAAACCUAACCAUGUUACAUUUUUAGCUCUAUUAACUGCUUGUGCUCAUUGGGGUCUAGCUAAAGAGGGUCAAAAGUAUUUCAAGUCUAUGAAAAACGAGUGGAAUAUUACUCCACAUCCCGAACAUUAUGCUUGUAUGGUUGAUCUGUUUGGAAGAUCUGGUAUGUUAUAUGAAGCUUAUGAGUUGGUUAAACAACUGCCAUUAAACGAUACAUCAUAUGCCUGGGAAACGCUAUUGAACUACUGUAAAUUACAUGGAGAUUUUGUACUAGGAGAGAUAGUUUCACAGAGGAUUUUUAGAAGUAACCCUUCAAAUGGAGAGAUGAACGUGCUGUUAUCGAAUAUUUAUGCUGCAAAGGGUCUGUGGGGUGAAUCAGAAAACGUUCGUACAACGAUGAAACAACGGGAUGUGAAGAAAGAAGUGGGGUGUAGUUGGGUAGAACUAAGGGGAUUAGUCUGUAAAUUUGUGUAUAAUGACAGGUCUCAUCCACAAACAGAGGAAAUUUACAGGGAGGUUGAAAAUCUUUCUGUCAUUAUCAAAAGGAUUAGCACUAUGAUAUAA